CCACAUCCUGGUGCAGCAGCACCUCGUCGAUGCGGCUGGUGUAAAAAGGAACGCUCAUCUCCUUGGCCAGCUCCUCGGCUUCUUCCUGCGUGCGGCCCCACAGCGCCUUCACCGCGAAGCCCUCAUCUUUCAGCAGCGGGAUGAUGACUCGGGCCGUGAGGCUAGUGCCGAACACGCCCACCCCGGGAAGCAUGGCUGCUCAGGUCCGCCCGGUUCUGCUUCUGCCGGGAUCUCCAGUCGAACACUCAGGCGCGCACGCUUCUCCAGCCAGUCCCGCAGUCCCCGAUUCCGGCAGCCGACCUCGCUGCGCUGCGCCAGCCGCGGAGCCCCGGGCAAGGCGCCCGCGUGCGGCGGCGUGACAGCGCACGGAACCACAGACCCUGCAGGCUCCGAGAGCCUCAGAGCCGUGACUGCUGCAGUACACGCCACUCCGGGCUCGUGUCCUUCCCGGAGACAGCGGCAGGGACUCCGCCAGGACGCACGAGGCCCCAAAGCCCCGUGGAGCCCGGGCUCAGGCUGCGCUCCCGCGGCAGCGCCUGCCGGCUCCGUGCGCCCCGCCGAGGCCGCCCCAUGGCCGGCUCAUUCCCACAGAAUCUCUCUCCCGGGUGGCGCUCCCGCUUCACCACCCUCUCUGGGCUGCGGAUCUCCUUUUCCCCCAGGUCCUUGGUAACGAAUGGAACCCAGAGGCCACCCGGAGGCCGACUAAGGAUGAGGCUCGUAGUGUACCAGGCGCCGAUCGCGAGCAGCAGCACCGCAACGGCGGCCACCACCCGGCGCCAGGCUCCUCAUUCUGCUGCCAUAUUCGCUCGCUCGCAGCGCGCCUUGGGCGGCCUCGGCCCCGCUCGGGCUCGGGCUCGGGCUCUGGCUCCGGGAUCCCGCGGGUCCGAGGGCGGAGUUGGCGACUUUGACUGUCAGCGGCCGGGGUUCCUGCACCGCCCUUGCGGUAGCGCCGCGCUCCAUUGGCCGCCGAGCGUCGCCCCCGCCCUUGUCUCCGCCGCCCAAGGCUCUCGCUGCGCUCAGCGCCCGGCCCCUGGAACCCGCUUUGACUCCUCCCCGGCCCCGCCUGGCUCGCCUGCUGCCCCCGGGUGGCUUCCCUUUCUCUGCGCUCUCCGCCUCCGCGGCCGCCUCCUACUCGUUGUGCUCCAAGCUCCGCCCAAGCAAGCAAAUAAAUCUAUCAAAGCAGGGCGCGCCCUUAAUAGGCUAGGACUGGGUUCCUUGGAAAAGAUUGGCGGAUGCUGAGACCCCCUGGGGAGGCCGGAGGACCCCCCACGAGGUGUGAACAGCGUGGAUCACAGUCUCCUCUCCCGAGUAUUUUUCUGUGGUGGCUACUGCACUAGAGAAGCUUUCCAGGCACUUAACCCUGAGGUUAUUGGAAACUCGUUUCAUUGAUGAGAAAGUGAGCUCCGGAGAGGUUAAAGGACUUGCCCAAGGUGACACACAUAAACAACAAUGCGGGGAUCGGAAGGCAGACACCAGCAUCUCGGCGCUGAACCCCUACCCUAGAGUUCUGACUCGCAAGUGAGCCGGCUCCAAUCCCAAACCAACUCCACUCCCGAGGAGGCUCCACUGUUCACCUAUCCAAUGCUUGUGCCCCAUGUGGCACCGGCGACCUCACCCAGACUGGAGGCUCCGAAAUGGCUGUGACACGGGGCGUCUGGAGUCUAGCCUUCCAAGCGCUUGUUUACUUCUUGCCUGCUACUCCUGGUCGCUGCCCUCUGUCAGCUUCAGUUCCCAGGCACAGGGCUUCUCUUGGCCUUUACUACAUCUGCAGUCAGGAGGAUGCUGGGGACCCUCAGACCAAGACGAAUGGAAAGCCCUAACUGCGGUGGUGACCGAGUGAGCCUGUGAUUUCUCAACAUUUUCUCCAAGGCCUAAAGAGAUAGUAGGCACUCAACUAAAUACACAAAUGGAUGGAUAUUCACCACCUGUCACGUUGUGCCCACUUAGUGCUGGGAGGAAGGGGUCAAUGCCAAAGGGCAAGGGGACUGCCCUCUCUAGCUCAGUGUUUCCGGAAAGGUCAGGUUACUACUGUCUAUCAUGUUCACUCCUGGCCUUUAGCUCUCAGCUGAAGAGGCACAUGUCUUGCUUCAACAUAAGAGAGGAAAACAUGAUACACCGGAGCGUUUAAAGCAACUUGUAACAACUGAGGUUACAAGUUGAGCCGGGGCUCGAGAGAGCUGUAUACACAAAAGGGUGGUGUUGCCGCGAGAGGAGGCAAAGUUGACCUCAGGACGACAUUAGUCAAAAGGACAAAGUGCUCCGGGCUUGGCAACAGCCUGGAUAGGGUCAGACAAAGAACAGACAAGAUACGCCUGCUGAUGGUUAGCUGAGAAGUGCUAAAGAAAAAGUGGGUGUGCCCCCAUCCCUGCCAGGCUGCUGCUUUGGAGCAGAGUGAGAGCCGGUGUUGCCCCUGGACAGGUGCCUGGUGUGUGCCUUUUUGGUUUGCAGAGUUGGAAGCCGGAGCUGACUCUUGGCUCUGCCAUUUACUCCCUGUGGGACCCGGGACAAAUAUCUUCUCUGUGUCCGUCUGUAAAGGGGGACAACAACUAACACUAGAGAGGCCCGUGUGAUUUGACAGUCGUGAUGUCCUGAGAAGGAUACUCCCUAGAAAUGUUUUAUAUGAUAUAUAUGCCCUCUCUUUGAUAUUUAUUUUUAUUACAUACAUUGUAUUUUAAAGUAAAUGUUAGCCUAUG